CUAUCAUCAAAUCAAUAUAAUUUAAUUAUAAUAACUAAUUAUUGUGUGUUUGUGAUUAUAAUCUAAAUCUAAAAUGAAGGUUAUUUUGGGACUAUUUGCUUUGGAGUUGAUAAUUGUAAUGACAUCAGCGGAAGCACCAAGACAAUUCUUUAAUAAUCAACGAUUUAAUCAAAGACAAAACUUUGGAUUCCAACGUCAAGAACAACAACCGAAUGAAGCUCCAUAUGCACCAUCUGGUUGGCGUCCACAAGGAGCAGCAUUUACAUUACCUGCUCGUCAACAACAACAACAGCCAGAAGACCAAUAUGGUCCCCCACCACCACCAGAUAAUCAAUAUGGUCCACCUGCUGCUCAACCAGAUAAUCAAUAUGGACCACCACCCCAACAACCUAAUCAAGUAGAUCCACGUCAAGCAAGAACAACAACCGAUAGUAAUGAAGAAUUAACAACACUAGAACCACAGGCGGAAAAUAUCAAAAGUGAAAAAUUGAAAAAUGCAAAACAAGUUGAAUCUGUUUUUAAGAAUACAGACCGAGGAUUCUAUUAUGUCUACCUUCCCGAUGGUCGCCUUCAACGUGUUGUGUAUACCACAUCUGCAGAUUUACAAAAUAUGGCAUAUACAGCCCGUGUACGAUAUGAAGACGUUGAUCCCGUAUCAGCACCAAUUUAUUCAGCCGCCGCUGUAAAUGGCGCACCAGUAGCUCCACUUGUUGCAGCGCCACAAAGAUUGAUAGUCCAAUAAUUUGCCAAUUUCUUUUGAUAUUUUUUUUAUACUUAUUCAGAUAUUGUAAAUACU